AUGGCGACGGUGGGUAGCUCAGAUAGUGCGUUAAGCCCUGGUGGUGACUUACAUUGUGAGCCAUGCUUCAGUGAUGGGCGGACACGAAAUGUUGAAGGUUUUUGCGUUGAGUGCACUGAAUAUCUGUGUCAGUCAUGUUUGGAUGCGCACAGGAUACUGCGCGUGUCGAAAACCCACCAUAUUAAAAGAGGAGCAGACAUACCGAAAACAAAUUCAUCAAAUCAAGUAGAGCAAGGAUGUCAUCUUCACAUUCACCAGAAAAUAAGCUCUUUCUGUAAAUCACACCAACAGUUAUGUUGUGAUCAAUGUGUGAUUCUGGCGCAUAAAUGCUGUACAGACGUGAUUUCCAUCGGCGAUUAUUCUGAAGAUUUUGUGGAUUGUCAUUUUAAAACAGUAACAGUUAAAGAGAAAAUUAAGCUCUUGCAAUCCGUAUAUACUGCGAAAACGGAGGAAGCCAAAAGGAAUCUUGAUGAACUUGAUUCAUUUUAUCACAAAGCUAUGGAUACAUUCAAAGCUGAAGUUGACAAACUCAAGAUAGCUGACCAAAAUAAAUUAAAGGCUAUUGUAUCUACUUAUGAAAGUGUUCUGUCUCAUCUGACUGUUUACAAUCAAGAAAUCGAAAGAUUUACAAAAACCAAAGAGAGCAAGGCACUCUUCGUAGAGAUGUUGAAAACAGAAGCCGAAUUACGCACGAUCGAGGGCAAUGUUCUAAAGCUAUGUACCGACGAUAGUAUUGUCAGAUAUGGCUUUACACCAGACAAAGCAUCGCUGCUCCGUCUAGUCAAUGCUCCAUUCCUUAUAAGGUCUUUUAACAUCAAGGAUGAACGUGACGAAAACACCUGUCAAAUCGCAGACAUUGCAAUUUUAAGAGAAAACUUUUUAUUAAUAACAGACAAAAUAAAUUCAAGUAUGAAGAUAUUUAAUUCUGAAUCGGAUACUCUUGUUUCCUACGUGAAACUGCGGUACCAACCAUGGCAAAUAACAGUUACAGAGCAAGGUGAAGCUUACGUUGCACUUGAAGGCCAAUUUAAAGUACUUCACCUGACUUCACCCGGAACAGACCUUGCCACGUUCCGCGAACUUAGCAUAGACGGCAAAUGCUACGCCGUAGAAUGUUUCAACAAGACCCUGAAGAUACCAUGUUUGUCCCCUGCCAAGCUUAUUGAAGUAGAUGGAGAUGGAAAACUUGUCAGGGUUAUUAAUAACGAUUUAAGCAAAUUUACCACAAAAUAUGGAGAACAAUUUGUUUCUAAUCCAUGUUGGUCAACAAAAGAUCCUGUAACGGGUUCGAUGUAUGUGUCAUGUAACCAGAAAAAUUCGAUUACAGAAAUCAGACAAGACGAUACGGUCAAACUAUUUAUGAAGUCAGACAAACUCAAUGGUCCGUAUGGUAUGUGCAUGGAUACUGAUGGCUCGAUCAUUGUUUGCAGCUUUAAAAGCAAUGCCGUCUUUAGGGUGAUGAAGAACGGAGACAUCCAGAGUGUUUUCCCGAAUCCUCUUGAAUUUACCACCCGCGCGGUUGCGCUUGAUAAACAGAAAAGGCUUUUGUAUGUCGCUGGGAAUUCUGAUAAAAUAAGUGUGUUUCAAAUUUAG